CGCUCUCGUGCGCGCGCCCGGACGGCGCCUGCGCAGAGGGCGAGAAACCUGGUACCCCGGUGCGGUCCCGGCGCCUGCGCGCUGCGGACUUUGGGGCCUCCCGGCCCGAGGGAGAGGAGCAGGGAAGAUGGCGGCUGUGGUGGAGAAUGUAGUGAAGCUCCUUGGGGAGCAGUACUACAAAGAUGCCAUGGAGCAGUGCCACAAUUACAAUGCUCGCCUCUGUGCUGAGCGCAGUGUGCGCCUGCCUUUCUUGGACUCACAGACCGGAGUAGCCCAGAGCAAUUGUUACAUCUGGAUGGAAAAGCGACACCGGGGUCCAGGAUUGGCCUCUGGACAGCUGUACUCCUACCCUGCCCGGCGCUGGCGGAAGAAGCGGCGAGCCCAUCCCCCUGAGGAUCCACGACUUUCCUUCCCAUCUAUUAAGCCAGACACAGACCAAACCCUGAAGAAGGAGGGGCUGAUCUCUCAGGAUGGCAGUAGUUUAGAGGCUCUGUUGCGCACUGACCCCCUGGAGAAGCGAGGCGCCCCGGAUCCCCGAGUUGAUGAUGACAGCCUGGGCGAGUUUCCUGUGACCAACAGUCGAGCGCGAAAGCGGAUCCUAGAACCAGAUGACUUCCUGGAUGACCUCGAUGAUGAAGACUAUGAAGAAGAUACUCCCAAGCGUCGGGGAAAGGGGAAAUCCAAGGGUAAGGGUGUGGGCAGUGCCCGUAAGAAGCUGGAUGCUUCCAUCCUGGAGGACCGGGAUAAACCGUAUGCCUGUGACAUUUGUGGAAAACGUUACAAGAACCGACCAGGCCUCAGUUACCACUAUGCCCACUCCCACUUGGCUGAGGAGGAGGGCGAGGACAAGGAAGACUCCCAGCCACCCACUCCUGUUUCCCAGAGGUCUGAGGAGCAGAAAUCCAAAAAGGGUCCUGAUGGAUUGGCCUUGCCCAACAACUACUGUGACUUCUGCCUGGGGGACUCAAAGAUUAACAAGAAGACGGGACAACCCGAGGAGCUGGUGUCCUGUUCUGACUGUGGCCGCUCAGGGCAUCCAUCUUGCCUCCAGUUUACCCCCGUGAUGAUGGCGGCAGUGAAGACGUACCGCUGGCAGUGCAUCGAGUGCAAAUGUUGCAACAUCUGCGGCACCUCUGAGAAUGACGACCAGCUGCUCUUCUGUGAUGACUGCGAUCGUGGCUACCACAUGUACUGUCUCACCCCGUCCAUGUCUGAGCCCCCUGAAGGAAGUUGGAGCUGCCAUCUAUGUCUGGACCUGUUGAAGGAGAAAGCUUCCAUCUACCAGAACCAGAACUCCUCUUGAUGUGGCCACCCCCCUGCUCCCCGACAUAUCUAAGGCUAUUUCUCCCCUCCACUUCAUAUUUCAUACCCAUCUUUCCCUUAUUCCUCCUCUCCUUCACAAGUCCAGAGAACCUUGGGGUGGUUGUGCCAGCCUGCCUUUGGCAGCUGCAAGCUGAGGUGGCAGCUCUGACCACCUCUGGCCCCAGGCCCUCAGGGAGAAAGGAGCAACACACUGCCCCUAAGCGUACGUGUGGCCCGGUUUCUCUCUGCUCUCCAUUAAGUGCAUUCACUCUGCUUGCCUUGGGCCCAGGCCCUGGUGAUCACAGGGUUCAAACAGUGUCCUCCUAGAAAGAGUGGGAGAGCAGCUCACUUCUCUCUGUUCUUCCUCCACUCUGGUCUCCAGAGUUUUCCCAUCCCCCAGAGGCAAACCAGGCCAGGGAGCUGGGAGCGAGCAAGCUGAGGCCACGUCCACAAGGAGCUUUCCAUGCCCCUGUGCCGUAUAGCCUCACCUCUUUCCUCCAGAGUGGCUCUCUGCGGCCCUCUGUUCCUGCUACAGAGGGUUCUUUGCUGGAGUCAGGAUGUUCUCAGUCACCCUCCUGGCUCUGCCCUGUCCCACUCCACCCUACCCCAGGGGGAACAGCAGCUUCACCUUGUUACUCCCAGUGCUCUCUUGGCUCACUCUUAUGGGCGGUCUCCAGUGACUGAAGCAUUCCCUACCCUUGGAAUUUCUCAUCUUCUGCCUCCCUUCUUAUUCCUUUUGGCUUUGUGGGGAGAGGGGAAGGAUCAGGGGGCCAGGCCAGCAGCUCGGGGGCUACAGGGAGAUGGAUAAUGUGCCUGUUUUUUAACACGACAAAAAAGCCUACCUCCAAAAUCCCCUUUUUGUUCUUCCUGGACCUGGGCAUUCAGCCUCCUGCUCUUAACUGAAUUGGGAGCCUCUGCCACCUGCCCCGUGUUAUGCUGGCUCUCAGCUCAUGGGGAAGCCACAUAGACAUCCCUUUCUUCCCUUGCACGCUCGCUAGCAGCUGGUAAGGUCUUCACACCCUGAUUCCUCAAGUUUUCUGCUUAGUGGCACUGACAUUAAGUAGUGGGGGGACAGUCCAUGCCAGGACACCCUGGAGUAGCCUUCCCCGUUGGCCGCGGGCAGGCCCUAACUCACUGUCGCUUUGGAGUUGAGGUGUCUUUUUUUUCUUUCUUUAGUUCCUGUAUUCUAAACAUUAGUAAAAAUAAAUGUUUUUACACAGAG